CUGAGUUCAGCGCGGGGCCGGUAAUGUGCUUCCCGGGGUCGCUGGUCCGGCCGCCCGAGGGAGUGUACCGGGAGGUUAGAAGUGCUGUGCGGACAGGACCGGAGCGGCUGCAGCCUGGGCCCUCAACCCGUGCCUGGCGGAGCUCUCUCUCGCUGGUGGGCACGGAAGAUGCUCUUCUGCAGCAGCUGGCCGACUCGAUGCUCAAGGAGGACUGCGCCUCGGAGCUGAAGGUCCACCUGGCAAGGUCCCUCCCCCUGCCCUCCAAUGUGAAUCGGCCCCGAAUUGACCUGAUCGUGUUCGUGGUCAACCUUCACAGCAAGUACAGCCUCCGGAACGUGGAGGAGUCGCUGCACCACGUGGACGCCACCUUCUUCCUGGGGAAGGUGGGCUUCCUCAUCACGGGCGCUGGGCGGGAGGGCCACUGCAGCAUUCACUGGAACACCGUCGUGAGGCUGGCCCGCACCUACCGGAGCCCUCUGCUCUUCUGUGACCUGGAGGUGGAAGGCUUUCGAGCCACGGUGGCCCAGCGCCUGGUGCGCAUGCUGCAGAUCUGCGCGGGCCACGUGCCUGGUGUCUCAGCCCUGAACCUGCUGUCCCUGCUGAGGAGCUCUGAGAACCCCGCCCUGGAGGACGUGUGAGAGCCGCCGGCCCCCCGAGCUGGCCCUCCCCACGGCCCGGUGCCUGGCGCGGGGGACUUCCGCUGUUGCCUGCCGGGCUCUGGGUCAGCGGUCGGUUCCCCGCACGGCCCAGACUCGGAGCCCCGCUGGUGGGAAUGCAGCCCCCUCCCCGCCAUGCUCUUCAUCCACCUGCCGGGCUCCCUCUCCACCUCAGGCUUCGCUUGAACAAAGCGUCCAUGGCUCAAAAAUAAGUUUGAAAACCCCUGGUCUCCUCCACCACCUUGACUGUGCAGAUGAGGACACUGACUCCGGACAGUUAGGGUCGGGCAGGGGAGCUUGGACUCUGCGACCCAAUCUGACCCCACAUCCUAGCCUUGCCAUCCUUACAGAGCCUGCUGUGGCCUCAUAGAGCCUCAGUUUCCCAGGUGUGUAAUGGAGAUCGUUCUAGUGUCCUUGCUGCAUUGCAAGGACUGAAUGAAAUGACAAGCCCGCAGCUGUAUUUCUCCCUCCACUUGUAUUCCGUGUAUCCCAUGAUCCUUUGCAGUAAGACCUUGCCUGGUACCAGCUAAGCGCUCAGUGAACGGUCACUCGUGUGAAAUCCCACGGAGCUAGGUUCAAAAGCUGGUGCAAACCCAGGAAUUACACUGUUUAUG